UCCUGGCAUCACUGUUUGUCUACACGGCUGAAGGGAAAUAGAUCAUAACUUUAGUUGUCAAUUUUAUGGAUGGAUCACUUCCGAUUUCACUUAUUAUUUAAAUUCAAUAAAUUACUAAUUAUUAUGUAAGUAGGUAGUAUGAAAUUUUCGUAUCGCGAAGUUGAGUGGUUAUAAAUUUUGCGUAAAUCGUGACAGGGUUGUGAAUAGCGACAAAUAGUGAUAUAGUAUAGACAAUGUGUUCUUCAAAUUAAACUUGUUUUAGAAGAAAGAAGCAGUAGCUGUGUGACUGUUUUGUUUAUCAGAAUGUCUUCAAGUAUCACGGUGAAGCAGAUACCUCUGGAGGAGGAGUAUAAGAAGCCGAACGGCAUUACCCCUGAGGACAUCAGCAAACUGCGAUCAUGGCUGCAGACACAACCGCACCUGCCUGCUGACCACAUCACAGAUCUGGAUCUGAUCCUGGCGUACAACUGCUGCGAUCGGAGCGCGGAGGUGUCCAAACAACUGAUAGACUUGCACUUCACGUUGAAGACACUCUUCACCAGCUACUUCCAGAACAGGGUCGUCGACGACAAGGUGGAUAGGGCCUUGAACAGUUUGUUGGUAACACCUCUUCCAACUCGGACGAAAGAGGGCUAUGCGGUGCUCUAUGCGAACUUCUUAGAGAAGGAUGCCAAGAACUUUCACCUGGGAGACGUUAUCAAGACAGUAGUGAUGAUCCUGGAUGUCUGGCAGUACGAGGAGGGGUCGUGGCCGGGGUUCAUCAUCCUGUAUGACCUGAAAAGCCUGACCUUAGGGCACAUGGCCAAGUUUGAUCUCAGCAACGUCAGCCAGUAUUUGUACUAUUUGCAGAACGGUCUCCCAGCGAAUCUCCGAGGGGUCCACUACCUGAACGCCCCCGCAUACAUGGACAGGUUCAUGACGAUCAUCCGGCCGUUCUUGAAGGCCAGCCUGAUGCAGCUGAUACACAUCCACCAGGCGGGGGCGACGACCUUGGACAGCUUCUUCCCUAUAGAGAAGCUUCCUAAAGAGUCUGGAGGACAGUUUAAGGAGUGUAAGGAGUUGAAAGACGAAAUGAUAGCAAAGCUUCACGCGGCCCAGCCUUUCUUCGAUGAGGAGACCAAGAAGCGUGUGACGGAGUCUUUAAGGCCGGGCAAGCCGAAGACCAUUACCGACAUCUUCGGAGGGGUCGAGGGGUCCUUCAAGAAGUUAGAAGUGGAUUAACCAUGAAGCUGGGCGAAAACGGACCACUUCAAAUUAAUACACACACACACCCACACGCAAUGAGUAAAAUUUUAUAGGUACAGUCAUGAGCAAUAUAAUGUACCCACUUUAGGACUCUGUCGCACUAACAUAUUUGACAUUUAGUGAGACUUACAGUUCAAUUUGUCAAAAAAGUUAAUGUGACAUGGUACCAAAGUGUAUACAUGUUAAUGCUCGUGACCGUACUUAAUAUUAAUAAAUAAUUAAAGCUAGGUAUACUUUUAUAACAUUAUAGAAGGGAAGCUGCAGGGAAGUAGAGGAAGGAGAAGACCAAGACGAGCCUACAUGGGACAGAUUAAGGCAAAGGCAAAUUCAAAUUAAAAAAUAUCUUUAUUCAGUAGGUAACUUUGAAUCGUCAAUUUUUAUAUAACGAACAUCUCAUCCGCCUAAAACUACUGCAGCUUCUCACAACCUGUAUAGCCGGGGAAAAGAAGCUGCAAGAAAAACCUCGGCACAGGGCCCUAGACGUUCUUAAAAAAUAAACAUAAAAUAUUGUUAUACAAUUGAGUAAUUUAGCUGCCUAAUAUCAGUUCUCAGACAGUUAAUCCCAUGCAUUCAUAUCUUCUAAAUAAUCACUAACUUUGUCUUAUAAGGAAGUGAAAUAAUUGGCUUUUGAUAGACAAGAAUGGAGAAUGCUACACCGACAAGAGCGUGGCUCUGAAAUUAGUGAUGAUACUUUUGCGAACAUUUAUUACUUUUAAGAUUGUCGUGUUGUGUCCUUUUUUUAAAUAAACGAUUAAA